UACAGGAUCAGUGUGUUUGUCCCUGACAGAUUCCCCUUCAGUCUCAAAUGAGGUCACUUUUCAGUGAGAUGCCAGCAGGAGAUUAGAUUUGCAAUAAAACUGCCACUUUUAAUUCCUGCUGUAGACAAAACAUAGCCUUUAGAUAUGAUUGACAAAAUUUCAACCGUGGUGAGUACCUGGCCAGGCCCCUGGAUUAUCUAAAUUCCCUGCUUUUCCAUUACCAGCUAAAGCCUGAAUGAUGAGCUUGUUCAGAUAUUAUCCAACGAGACAUGUGCACUGGUUUUUACUGCAAAAUAACAUCUGUCCUUCCUGAAAGAUCAAGGUGAGCUUUUGUGCAGACAUCUCAAAUUACAGUGCUGGAGUGAGUCUUUUAUUUUUGACUGGUGACUGGGGUAGACCUUAAGUGCAACCCUUUCAAACAUUUUUUUUUCUUUUAUCCCUAGUUCACAAAGCAACACACCUUAUUCACAUUCAGAAUUCCCAUCAAUAAGAAGCAGUCUGGGAGGAUGUGUUGACACUGCUUAAGUAACCUAAUCCAAUGCCUUUGCCUCACCUGAACUGCCCCCCCCAAUAUUUUUUUAUAGCUUGUGGACCAAAUAUCAUUAGUGAUCAGUGGAAGAAGUUACUUGCAGAUCCUAUAGGUGCUAAACAAGUAUGUGUUGAAACUUAUCCUCUUUUCCACCACCCCCCCUUUUUUUUUUAAAAGGGUUAGAAUGACAAUGACCAUUGGAUUUUAACAUUGAUAGAGGAAAGGUUUAGGAUCUGCAUCAAACUAAACUAACGUCUGUUGCUUUUCCAUAUCAAAACCUGGGCAGAAAUCUUUGCCUGUGAAUAAAGGGAUAUGUAAUCACUUCUCCACUAGAGUUGCAUUAAAUUUGCAAUUCCAAAAAUAACUGCAGCCAUAUAAGGACAGUAAGUUUUUUGUAGUGUUUGGCAAAGAAUCCAGCAAAGAUUCUGAGCUGUGGCCUCAGAGAGCAGCCUAGUGCAAAACCCACAAUCUCUGGUGUAGCAUGUUCAUAUCUACUAAGUGUAGAAGCCCUGCAGGUGAAUACUAGCAUUAAAAACAGCUGCUGUAAACCAGCAGAGCUGUGCUGAGUCCAGUGGAGCUGUACCUGUUUAUACUUGUUGAAAAUCUAGCCUACGACUCAAAUACUUUGUGGCCUAAAUCUAUAUAAAACCUCAUUGUUAAAUUAAUGUACAUUACAGCUGCAACUAUACUUCUCUAGCACCCUCAUGAAGAGGCUUUCUAUACUGAACAACCCUUUCCAUUGCUGUAGGUAACCCCCUCUGCAAAGGGCAGUAGCUAGGUUGCUGGAGUAAUUCUCAUGUCUCAGCAGUGUAGCUAGGUUAAUUUGAAUGUGAAGUGUAGACCAGCCCUGAAUCAAAAUGGGUGAGUAUGUCUGAGUGUUUUUAUGACGGGAGAACUGCACUGACAGCACCACUCCUGGAUUAGGGCAUAAGCAUUAUAGGUUUUAUGUCUAGGACCCAACCGUGGAGGCAGGAGUGCAUGUUAGCACCUCAGUUUCUAUUUAAGACUUAAGCUUCUCUGAUUUGGUUACCCUUGCUUAUCUGUACUCUAUGCAGCCAGCCUGUCCGAAGAGUGGUGAGAGGGGUGAAAUGGCCUCUUAUGUGUUUCGUUCAAUGGUUAAUUGCAGGGCUUAUUUCGUUAGGGCCCUCUGCAGCAGCAGUCUUAUGGAGGCCUCUAAGCUUGAGGAGACAGAAGAGUGCAGUGGACUAGGCCUGCUCAGGCAGCUGCAUCCUGGCUGUUGGUCCCCCCAGGUUCCAUUCUGGGGGGGAGGGGGCAGACAGGUUCCCUGGGGCUAGGGUGACCAGAUAGCAAGUGUAAAAGAUCAGGAGUGGGGUGGGAGGUAAUAGGUGCCUCUAUAAGAAAAAGCCCCCCAACCCAGGACUGUCCCUCUAAAAUUGGGACAUCUGGUCAUCCCCCGUGUCUCAGGGAGGAGGAAGGUGGGGCUCCUCUGCCACUCGCUGAGGGGGAUGGGAGCAGAGCCCAAGGAGCCUACUACCCUGCAGUGCCUAGAGAGCAGAGGCUUGAUGCUUCUCCAGCCGCGCAUGCCCGCUUCAUGCUGUCAGUCCCUGUGUAGUGGACUCCGCCCUCGCCCUCCGAGCAUGCGCUCUCGUUUCCCCUUCCCCGGGCUCCGCGCCUGCGCACUGCCCAGAGGAGCCGGAGCUCUGUGGCGGCGGCGGCAGGGGGGGAAAUGGCGGCCGUGGUGCUGGUGUCCGUGGAGAGCGGCUCGGGGAUGAUGCCGGCCGGGAGCCCGGCUGCGUGUGGGCCUCCCGCGGGUCCCUGUGGGCCGGGUUCGUGGAGCCGUUCCCUGGACCGGGCCCUGGAGGAGGCGGCGGUGAGCGGCUCCCUGAGCCUGAGCGGCAGGAAGCUGCGGGACUAUCCGCGGGGCAGCGCCGCCAACCACGACCUGAGCGACACCACGCAGGCCGAUUUAUCACGGAACAGACUCUCGGAACUUCCUGCAGAAGCUUGUCACUUUGUUUCCCUUGAGAGCCUUAACUUGUACCAGAACUGCAUUCGUUACAUCCCAGAGGCCAUCCUGAACCUACAGUCUUUAACAUUUCUAAAUAUCAGUCGAAACCAGCUUUCAACAUUGCCAGUACACAUGUGUAGUCUACCGUUGAAAGUUUUGAUAGCAAGUAAUAAUAAGUUGGUCUCACUACCUGAAGAAAUUGGACAGCUCAGACACCUGACAGAGCUUGAUGUGAGCUGUAAUGAAAUACAGACAAUACCUCCACAGAUUGGCAGUCUGGAGUCUUUGCGUGACCUGAACAUCAGGAGAAAUCAUUUGGUGCAUUUACCUGAAGAGCUUGCAGAAUUGCCUUUGAUUCGAUUAGAUUUUUCCUGCAAUAAAAUCACAACAAUUCCUGUUUGUUAUCGGAACCUCAGGCAUCUUCAGACAAUCACACUAGAUAACAACCCUCUACAGUCACCCCCUGCACAGAUAUGCAUAAAAGGAAAAAUCCACAUAUUUAAAUACCUGAACAUAGAAGCAUGCAAGAUAGCUCCAGACUUGCCUGAUUAUGAUAGGAGGCCCAUGGGAUUUGGCUCUUGCCAUGAGGAACUGUACUCCAGUCGUCCCUAUGGAGCACUAGAUUCUGGUUUCAAUAGUGUGGACAGCGGAGACAAAAGAUGGUCAGGGAAUGAACCUACAGAUGAGUUCUCAGACCUCCCUCUGCGAGUGGCAGAGAUCACUAAAGAGCAGAGACUGCGAAGAGAGAGAGAGUACCAGGAGAACCGAGGGAGCACGGUUGUAACUAAUGGUGGAGUGGAACAUGAUCUGGAUCAGAUUGACUAUAUUGAUAGCUGUGCCACUGAAGAGGAAGAGGAAGAGGUGAGGCAACCCAAGUGCAUGGAGUCAGAGAGCCUCAGCUCACAAUUCAUGGCAUAUAUUGAACAACGGCGAAUCUCUCAUGAGGGCUCACCAGUAAAGCCAGUACCCAUCAGAGAUUUUCAGAGAACAGAAGACACAAGACGAUACUUGCAUCAAAAUAGGGAUACUGAUGAAUUACGAAGACCAGAAACACUAAGCUUGAUGCAGGACAGGGAGCGACACCAAGGACAAAGGAGUUAUGUAGACAAGGCAGAGAGAGCCCCAGCUGAUUCAUCUUACCUUCUAUCUCUGUCCAACAACCACAGUCAGAUCUCUCAUACAGACUUUGAACUUCACCGAAGGCGAGAGCACGUAGUAGAGCGCACGCGGAGAGAGGCCCAGCUCGCAGCACUUCAGUAUGAAGAGGACAGGAUGAGGACGAAACAGAUCCAGAGGGAAGCUGUGCUUGACUUUGUCAAACAAAAGGCAUCCCAGAGUCCUCAGAAGCAAAGUCCUCUGGAUAGUGAGAGUGAUGACAGAUCUACUAUAUCAGCAGCUUCACCUACUACCCAAACAGUCCACCUUUCCUCUCUGUAUCCUGGCCCUGCCGCUCCUCCUUCCUAUAGAAACCCUUCCCAGCGACCUGAGAGUUUCCUUUUCCGAGCAGCUGUAAGGGAUGAAAUGAACAAAGCUGUUGCUUCAUCUCCCUCUUCUGCCUCAUCUCCUCCUAAUGAUUCUACAGACUCCAGAGCAAGGCAGAACUCGAAGCAACGUGAGGAAGAGUUGGAGCUAAUGGAGCAACUGCGGAAGAAUAUUGAGUCACGGUUAAAAGUGCCUUUGCCUAGUGAUCUUGGAGCAGCUCUUACUGACGGAGUUGUUCUCUGCCACUUAGCCAAUCAUGUGCGGCCUCGAUCAGUUCCCAGCAUCCAUGUCCCCUCGCCUGCUGUACCUAAGCUAACGAUGGCAAAAUGCAGACGAAAUGUGGAGAAUUUCCUGGAAGCUUGCAGAAAGAUUGGUGUGCCUCAGGAGCGAUUAUGUUUGCCUCUGCAUAUUUUAGAAGAGAAAGGUUUGACACAGGUAGCAGUGACAGUCCACGCACUUCUGGAGCUUGCACCCCCAAAGCAGCAGCAUCACCACCUGUCUGCUGCGUAAAGAUCUCCAGGACCUUUUGGUUUCCCUUGGCUAAGCAGAAGAACAUGAAGACUUUACUGCUGGUGCAGUGUAUCCAAACACACAGAGCUCUGUUCUAAAAAGGAAAUUAGCUUCUGUGAUUCCUGACAGGAAUGUUUUGCUUCAUUUCUCCACUUUUUUUGGAGAUCACACCAGUUUCCAUUUAAUUUUUUACCAAUAUUUUUUCCCCUUUAUAAAGUGAGGUUUUUCCUUGGGGAAAGUUCCUUUGUCUGGUUGUUUAGAAGCAUCUGUUAAAACUGACUAUGUAGAUUUAGGGGGGUUAUAUAUACAGUUUGAAAAACUGUAAGAUUCCUGCUAGGAUGUAGUUCCAAAGGGGAUGCUUCCAUUGAACACAGUGAUGGAGACUGCUUGUCCUCCCCAUGAGUCCCAGAGAGAGUUUUCCCUGCUUCUAAGAAACGCCAGCUCUUUGCAGUGCAUAUAAGCAUCACAGGUUAAGACUGUGUUUUGAAGCUGAUGAGUCUCAGUUUUUCAAAGCAAGACUGAAAGUGAUGCUUUAAUCUGUGUUGGCAUGUCCUCAAUAUUCAAAAAAUAUAGAUAGCGCUGGUUUUUUCCAGGGAAAACAUACUGCUUGUUACCCCUAUAAGUAACACACAUUUCAGUGAAAGAUACUAAACCAUAACUGUUCAAAUAGUUUUAUUAAACAAAUCAAAAUAUUUGCUGGCUUUAAGCUUUAAAUUGGUUAUAAAUCUCUCCUUGUAUUGGAAUCUUCCCCACUUCAGUGGGAAACAUCUUACCACCUUUCAUGCCUUCUCCUACCCAUCAUGGGGACUUGGUUACUAAAUGGUAAUGUUAAGUUGGUCUAUGGCUUGUAUCUGCUGCAAAUAAUGACUGAAGAUUUUCCUAUGGAGAAUCAUGUACCUAUUUUCAUUCCAGUGCAAAUAAUCAUAAGCUAUCAAACCAUCCAUUAGAGAUUUGUUACCCAAUUCUGUUUUCAGUUGAAAACACACAACCACCCCCUUACACCAGUGAAGACCCCAGUUAUGAAGGAACAAAUUAUUGUAGGAAAGAAUGAGAUUAUUGAAUUCCCGGAGUGGUUCUGUGUGUUGGCAUAACGCUCAGCUUUCAAAGAGCCAGUCUUUUGCAACAGGAAAUUUCUGUGGGUGGGUUUGACAGAAUGUGUUGUUAAAGCAUGUUUUCUUGUAGUUCAUACAGUGCUGUAAGCUGCCUUUACUCCCCUCCGCCUAUCUUCUUUUCCCCAAAAAGUGGAAAUUCAAAAUAUGUGAACAGGAAACUGAAAAUAAGGUAUGAUGUUACUUUAAAGGUGAUUGGCAAAGUCCAGACUCCCUGCUGCCUUGGCCCCCUGACUAGGCUGCCAUCCAGCUCUGCAGUAACUUAAUUUUUUUAUAUAGUAACAUUUUAAAAAUCCUGUUCUCCCACAGUGAAGUCCUCUUGCUAUUCCCUGGGGUAUCCCAGAAGACACCUCUGCCAUUAUCAUGGGUUGCACAGGGUGUGAAUGAGACUUCCAGUCUUUGUGGUGUUCCAUUCUGGGGUAUUGUUAGUGAACCAGUAAUACCAAGAGGGGAUGAAGUGAGCAGAAGGGAGGGAAAAAAGGUUAGUUAAAAGUUUUCUUUGCUGUAACAAGCCUGGUCAUGGGAACAUUUGAGCACAGAAGUCUGGGCUUAGCUGAAUUUUCCCUUUAGAUUUGUCAUUCCAUUCUCACCCUGAUUUGUUUGCAUAAUAAUUAUUUCAUGGUAGCUUGUGGUAACUGUUGUCUCAACGAUUUCGCAUAAGGACAUAUUUUGCUUCAUAUUGGUGUUGACACCACAGAUCACACCAUAAGUCUAGAAAAACACGUGAAGGAUAUUUAAACUAGAGGCGCACAGUUCAUAAGAGAAAAUAUUUUCAUAAUGUGGAAGUGGCUGCCUUGGUUUCGGGAAGAUCGGAGGGUGCCGGUAACAUGCAUCAUUAAAAGGAAGGGGACAGCUCGGUGCAGGUACACCUUCCCCCCGCAAACGGUGCAGGCUGUGUGCACAGCACCUUGCUCCAAGUGAAGGCUUGCAAAGGACAGAGCUGCUCCUUGAAGGAUUCUGUGUGUUCCUUCUUCUGCAAAAGGCACAGGUCACUUGCCAGUUUAAAGAAGUGUAAAUGGUGGAUUCUCUGCAACUUGAAGACUUUAAAGCAUGAUUUGAGGACUUCAGUAACUCAGCCAGAGGUUAGGGGUCUCUUUCAGGAGCGGGUGGGUGAGGUUCUGUGGCCUGCGACGUGCAGGUCAGACUAGAUGAUCAUGAUGGUUCCUUCUGACCUUAAAGUCUAUGAGUCUAUGGGGCAGUGAAAGGAGACCAUUUGUUGAAUGGGGGAUGGCAUCUCACUGCUGACACUAUAGAAUAGUGGUGCCCAAACUUUUUCAUGACCUCCCCCGCCCCCAUCCCCUGAAGCAGUGGUGCCAGUUCAGAUAUUUCUUGGGAGGAGGGAAGAUUUUUUUCAACCCUGUGCUGCCCGGUCCCACAGCCAGCCCUACUCCCCCAUCACCCACUCCCCAGGGUACCUGGGAGGGAAUUGUCAUUGCAACGUGGAGCAGGCAGAGCACACGGACUGGGCACUCCGCCCCAUCAGUGGUGGCAGCACAGACUCCCCGUCCUUCCCCAGUGCUGCAGCUCCCUGUCAGGCUGGGGGGGCUCAUUUCAGCACUGCCAGCCCUUGGAUUCUUCUGCCAGCAGCCGAGACUAGUCUUUCUGCAGCCAGCUCCAUGCACCCCAGGAUGGGACCAUCAGCAGCUUCUCUGCCUCCCCUCCCUGCUAGCUCGAGGCUUCCAGCAACAGCAAGUGGAUAUGCCAGCGGUUCUUGCUGGAGGGCCCAGCAGGCGGAGUGUGACUGGGUGCCGCGCAUGUCCCCUCCAGAGUCCCUGCCUCCCUCACGCUGCUGCUUACCCCUUCUCCCUGAUGGCUCAAAAUCUUGCAACCCUCUGUGGUUGCGACCCCCAGUUUGGAAAAUUCUGAUAUAGACAGUUCUGCCAUAGACCAUAUAUGCUUCCUUAUGGGUUGUCUACAAAUCAUUGUUAAGGGGAGUAACAAAUGAAUCUGAAUUCUCAGUACUAGAUACUUUGCAUUCUGUGUACCUGGGUAUUAGGUUUUGUUUAAUAGAUCAAGAGGAGCAUGCAAUAUUUAGAUGUAUUCACCGUAAGAAAUCUGUUAAACUUAAUGUGGAAUUGUGAGAGUCUGUUUUUUGCUCCAGCCCAGCUUCCCAGACUUACAGAAACUGACCGUAACAGCACUCAUGUUGGUAGAAGUUGGACAUUUCAUAAAUGUUAAUUUUUGGAAAACUAACUAUUUGGAGUUUGAGCCUGACUUUCAGUGAAUAGCCACUUCUCAGUGUGUCUUGUAAAAUAAGCCACUGUCGCACACAAAUGUGUGCAACCGAAUUUUACAUCAGCAACUAUGCUUGUAUGCCUGGUCAGGUGUAUGCUCCUAUUUCCUUUACAGUUCUAAACAAACAUUUCACUCGAGCAAGUACACAUUUGUGUGGCCAUAUUAGUUUGACUCUUCAAUUUUCUGUUUUUGUGCUGGCAAACACUAAACGUUGACCAGACAUUAAGGAUGAAAAUCCAAAUCUGAAAUUUCAAGAUAUGGUUUAUUUGUGAUGUAUUAUACCAAAAAACACUUCCAUUUUCUGUUGUAAUUAAAUGGGUUGGGAUUUUUUGGUACACCUCUACCCUGUUAUAACGCCACCCGAUAUACACAAAUUGGGAUAUAACACGGUAAAGCAGCGCUCUGGGGGGGCGGGGCUGCGCUCUAGUGGAUCAAAUCAAGUUCGAUAUAACGCGGUUUCACCUAUAACAUGAUAAGAUUUUUUGGCUCCCGAGGACAGCGUUAUAUCAAGGUAGAGGUGUAUAUUUAUGUGCAAUUUUUGUUAUAUCCAGUGAAAAAAUAUUUUAAAGAAAACGCAUUGUAUUUCAUUUUGUGUGCUAAAGCAAGAAUCAAUUGUGGGCUUGCCCUUUUGGGGCGUUUGUGUUGGGGAAAAAUCCAUUUCAGAGUGUAGCACUUGCUAGUAGGUUUAUGUUAACUCCACUGUGCUAUGACCCUACACAAACCUUGCUAAGCACUGAAGAACACUGAGGAUCAAGAAUGUUAUGAAAUAGACAUUGAAGUGGCACUGGCACUUAAUGGUCCUUGAUGGUGUUGAAAUGAUCUGGUCAGGAAAUAGGGGAUUUUGAUUUCUACUCCUUGGGAGCUAGCGACGAGAGAAACUUGUUCGGAAAGCCCCUUCCUGGCUGGUUUAUUAAAUUCUCGACAGCGUUUUACAGCACUGAGAACACUUCUGUUGCUCUUAGCAGUGACGUGAUAACUGGUGAUUUUUAAUCCUUUUAUGACUUUAAAUGGUUCUUUGACAUUUUGGUUUUAGAAGCAGAGGAAUUCUAAGGUGGAUUUAAACCUAUAAAAAAAUAUUUUGUAUAGAUACUGUGUUUUACAAACAAUCUAAUUUUGUUUCUGAAAACCUUGUAAACGUGUAAUUAAUAGAGUAAAGGAUUUUUAAAGCUCCGCCUAUACUUGUAUGUCUGUAAAUACAUUCCAUAAUUUCUAAGACUGUUAAGUAUAAAUAUGCCCAGAAUAUUGUGUAUGUUAUUUUAAAUUGCCUGUUUGCUGCUAGUUGUGUGAACUUCUAGCACACUGAUAAUAUAAAACCAAAUA